AUGGCCAGCGAGACUUUCAAUUCAUGGAGUGACCUGGCUUACGAUAAAAUAGGUGCAAUCUCCGCCGCAACUACCAAUGCCCGUUUCAACGCACUAUAUGAAGAAACGAGAAUCACGGAAUUACAAGAGGAAAUUCAAGACAUGGCGCCUAAAUGGCUGACCAAGCGGCCCCCAGGAACCACACCGGCGGUCUUUGAGUAUGUCACCCCUACGCCACUAUCAGACCGGGACUGCAUAACACUUGAAGCGGGCUACAACGGCAUUCAUGGCGUACUACGAGACGUCGAGCAACGGACCGGCGCAAAGAUCCAUUACUACUACAAGGCCACUAGCCGUCCCAUGAGAGACACGGAGUUUGAGCCCUUUGCGCAAAAUGCCCCCGCCGCGUUUGUUUCCAUUCUUGUUGAUUUCUCAGUCAAAGUUACCGUUGACAAGGGGCUCCUUGGUCACAUUCUCACGCAGCUUUACGGUGUUCCCGAGAUAACUACGGGGUAUUGGUGCUGCAAGCAGGUACCGCCGACAGAGAAUGCAACAAUCUGGCGCUUAAACUGGUUUAAGCGGCAUGUUGAAGGGGCUAGCUGGCCUUUCUAUCUUGGAGGCUACCAGCACCGGCGUUUUGAGGUUAAUAACGACACGCGGAAAUUCCGCAGUGAUCAUGAGGUUGACCAACUGGAUGAGGCAAAGCAGAAGGAGCAAGACAGGAAAAUGCUAUCGGCUGCAGUGGGUGAGGACCCCAUGCUUCGCAGGACGACGGAGAACCCUCCUUUUUGGGGCCUUUGCGACCCAUAUUACCUCCAAGGCUUUCCAGGUAAAGAGCUCUAUGGUCCUUGA